UGUUUUAUAUCUGCAUUUAUAAUAAACAGUUUGUCUAAUGUUUUCAAUUAAAAUAUAUAUUUUUAUUAAUUAAAACCUAAUUUUUGGUUAUUAAACAACAAAUGUCUCAAAGGACAGCAGUCAAGUCACUGUUCAAAGGUGUCCGAAGCAGCAAAUAUAGACAUGUCUUCGGCAGUGUCGUCAAAAAGGAUAGAUGUUAUGACAACUUGAAAAUCACCAAAAAUGCAAACGACUCCAACUUUUGUGCUGUUAAUCCAAAGUUUAUUGCUAUUUGUACCGAGAGUUCGGGCGGCGGGUGUUUUUUAGUUAUACCCGAGAAUAACUACGGUAGAGUUGAGGUCAAUGCCGGUCGAGUGGUUGGUCACAGGGGACCCAUAUUGGACCUCAAGUGGAACCCAUUUAAUGAUAACGUAAUCGCCUCGUGUUCUGAUGACUGCACUAUCAAGAUAUGGUAUAUUCCUGAUGAAGGACUACAACACCGCAACUUAUUUGAACCGAUUAUGGAUUUAAGAGAACAUAACAGAAGAGUCACAUUCGUUGAAUGGCAUCCAACGGCUGAAAAUAUAUUAGUUUCAACUGGUUUUGACUUUUUGUUAAUUGUAUGGAAUGUGGCCAAAGGUGAAGCCGUUUGCAUUAUAGACUGUCAUCCCGAUGCUAUACACUCGAUGUCGUUUAAUAGAGACGGCAGUCUUCUGGCUACCACUUGUAAAGACAAAGUUGUUCGAGUAAUUGAUCCACGAAAUGGGACUGUAGUUAAUUCUGGUCUCUGUCAUCACGGCGCUAAAGCCGCGAGAGUCGUAUUUCUUGGUGAUAGCGGACGUCUUUUCACUACAGGAUUCUCACGUUAUAGUGACAGACAAUGGGCUGUUUGGUCAGCGUAUGACUUAUCAGAACCGCUGACCAUUGAGAACAUAGACUCGUCUUCGGGAGUGUUGUUUCCAUUUUAUGAUUACGACACAAAUAUGGUAUAUGUGGCCGGAAAGGGUGACGGAAAUAUACGAUAUUAUGAGAUCACUGAUGAGGCGCCUUACUGUCAUUAUAUCAAUCAAUUCUUAACUGGAUUUCCUCAAAGAGGUUUAGGAGUUAUGCCUAAACGAGGUCUGGAUAUCUACCGGUGCGAAGUAUUUCGUUUUUACAAACUUCAUGCAACUCGUCCCGUAUGUGAACCCAUCUCUAUGAUUGUCCCACGAAAGUCACAACAGUUUCAGUCCGAUAUAUUUCCGGAUACUACUGCACCCACACCUGCUCUUAGUGCAGAGGAAUGGCUCUCAGGAAAGAAUAGGAAUCCUAUACUUAUAAAUCUUAAGACUGGAGUCGGAGCCAAAACUAAUAAACCUGUAGUUUUGAAAACUGAGAAAAAUAUUUUGCAGACUUCAGACAUGAAUAAUGAACGCAAGUUUAUGUUCAUCGCUCAGGAAAAUAAAGUCGAUUAUAGAGAAAAAAACGGUUCAACUAAUGGGUUUCAUAACAUUGUCAAUGAAACGAAAAUUAUUGAUAAAUGUGUUGACGCACCGACACCUCCUAGAAAAAGAUUGCCCUGGGUUAAGGACAUGGAGCCGAGAAAGACAACUAUUAACUUAUGUGAUAUCGUAACUGUGCAACAAUUACCAACCGCUACUUUCGUUACACUCGACGACUCGCACUCUGAAUCUAAUCCGACGCCAUCGCCACCACCAAUGACUGGACUGGAGAUAACAAAUACAGUCGAUACUGAAGACAUUGACCAACUAAUUAAUGAUAUAAAUACAAGUAUUAGUAAUAUUAAUAAUAAUAAUCAAAACAAUAGCACAUUCAUUCACGGCGUUACAAAUGGUCAUUCAAACUGUAUUACAAAUGGUAUUAAUUAUGAAAAGGAAAGCUCAGAUGAUUUAAGUUGUUCACCGCCGAAGAAUGAAAUUGAGUUAUGGAGAGCCUAUCACUGUCAGUGCACUACUAUUCAUACAUUGGAACUACAAAUUGAAGCCAAAGAUAAACGGAUUAAAGAGUUGGAGGAAUUGGUUUUGAGAAUGGGUUGUGAUAAUCACCAUAUCUAUUGAUUUAGUGAUUAAUGAUUAAGAGAUAAUUGAAAAUAUUUAACAAAAGUUAUAGUUAAAUGAAUGCAUUUUUUUGUUAUUAUAUAAAUGCAAACAAAUAGCUAUUUUCACAAAAGUCACAAACAUAUAAAAACAUAU